AUGGCUACACUACAACUCGCAACUUGGGCUACCAACCUAACAUACGCCAGUCUUACACCCAGUGUUCUUGCAGCCGCUAACAAAUCAUUCUAUAACUGGGCUGGAUGUGCCAUUGGAGGUUUUACUUCACAGCCCGCACCACAAAUAGCCCUAAAUACGACCCUAACCCAAUUCUCCGGACCCCCAACAUCAUGCGUCCUAAGCUCAAACUCCUUCAUUUCCCUCCGUUACGCCGACGCCCAAACCGCGGCCCUCAUCAACGGCAUCGCCAGCCACGUCGACGACUACGACGACACCCACCUGGAAACCAUCAUCCACCCCGCCGGCCCCAUCGCCAGUGCCCUCCUCGCCAUCGCCGAAGCACACGGCCCUAUAACCGGCCACGAAUUCAUCACCGCAUUCAUCACCGCAUUCAUCGCCGGCAUAGAAGCAGAAUGCAAACUCGGCCUCUCCGUCUCCCCGGAACACUACAACACCGGCUGGCACACCACCUCCACCACCGGUUUCAUCGGCGCCGCCAUCUCCGUAGCCAAGUUAUUCAACCUCUCCACACCACAGAUCCAACACGCCAUCGGCAUCGCGUCCACGCACGUCAUCGGCAUGCAGGCAUUCUUCGGCUCAGACACAAAAGCCCUGCAUAUUGGCCGCGCCGCGCAAACAGGUAUGCUAGCAGCCUUACUCGCAAAGAACGGGUAUACGUCUUCUCUUCAAGCACUCGAGGCAGAGUACGGCUGGCUGCACGUCGUCAACACACGGGAAAACGCAGCCGCGUAUUUCGACCAAUUAGGUACGCUUAGCAGCGAGAUGCAAGACAGCGGUGGCUGUUUUGUUCACGAUAUUAAAACCGUGGACGCGCGUGGGAACCCCGAGGUCCUCGUCCUAACGGGGAAGACGGAGCCGCAGGAUAGUUCACAGGCGAAAUUUAGCAUCUACUACGCCGCUGCUGUGGCGUUACUCUACGGUUAA